ACGCCGAUGACCACCGGUCACGGCCACUGUAAGUAAGUCGCUCGCCAUCUCUCCCUCUCCUUAAUAGGUUGACGCGGCUCGUUACGACCAAACGCCGCGGGCUCGCCGCCUUUCAUCAACAAGAGGUUGACAUCGUCACCACUCGCAGUCCAGACUCCAGAGACGAUUCAGAUUUUGCGUAAACGAUGAAGAAAAUCCUAACUGCUAAGCUCGUAAGCGAAAAACCCUAAGCAUUUUAGUUACAUUUUGCAAACGUAAUUUCAUUUGGUUUAGCAAGAUUUGAACAGCGAUCGAUUGGGGAAAAGCGUUAGGACUUCGAUUGAAGAAUGUGGAAGAGAGUUCUGUGUUUAAUUCCUCACAGGUCGUUUUCCUCUGUACCAGAAACUCCAUCUCUUUACUCCUUCCUCCAACCCUCCCUUUUUGCCAAAAAGAGAACUCCAUUUUCUCCUUCUCAAGACUCCACCGACCUCCGUCAGGAUCCAACUCCUCAAACUUUAACUCCAGACCGUGUUGCCGCUGUAGAAACUGCCCUUCACAAGUCCCUUCUCACUAGCGACACUGAUGAGGCAUGGAAAUCCUUCAAAUUGCUCACGAGAAGUUCUAUUUUCCCAUCUAAGUCUCUUACCAAUUCACUUAUUGCUCACUUGUCCUCAAUUGGGGACGUUCAUAAUCUGAAAAGGGCCUUUGCUUCUGUGGUGUUUGUUAUUGAGAAGAAACCUGAACUGUUGGAUUUUGGGUCUGUUAAAGCUUUACUGGCUUCUAUGAAAUGUGCCAACACUGCUGCCCCUGCUCUUUCUUUGAUUAAAUGCAUGUUUAAGAAUCGAUGCUUUGUACCUUUUAGUGUCUGGGGCAAAGAACUUGUUGAUAUUUGCAGACAGAGUGGGAGUUUGAUUCCCUUUCUAAGAGUUUUUGAAGAGAACUGUAGGAUUGCUUUAGAUGAGAGGUUGGAUUUUUUGAAACCAGACCUUAUUGCUUGUAAUGCAGCACUUGAGGGGUGUUGCCAUGAACUUGAAUCUGUGACAGAUGCCGAGAAAGUUGUUGAAACAAUGUCACUUUUGUAUCUUCGGCCUGAUGAGGUGAGUUUUGGUGCUCUUGCUUAUUUGUAUGCAUUGAAGGGUCUUGAACAGAAAAUAAUCGAGUUAGAGGUCUUGAUGGGAAGUUUCGGUUUUACUCGUAAAGAUCUCCUUUUUAGUAAUUUGGUUAGUGGAUACGUUAAUGCGAGCAACUUUGCUGCUGUUUCGAAGACUAUGCUGCGUAGUUUAAAGGAUGAAUGUGGAUCACAUGUGCAUUUUGGUGAGAAGACAUAUUUGGAAAUGGUUAAGGGCUUUAUCCAAAGUGGAAAUCUGAAGGAAUUGUCUGCAUUAAUUAUUGACGCUCAGAAUUUAGAGUCUUCAUCAGCAGUUGAUGGAUCUAUUGGAUACGGUAUCAUUAAUGCAUGUGUUAAUAUUGGAUGGUUAGAUAAGGCACAAUACGUUCUGAACGAAAUAAAUUCCCAGGGAGUUUCUCUGGGCCUUGGAGUCUAUAUGCCAAUCUUGAAAGCUUACCGGACAGAGCGCCGAACAACUGAAGCCACCCAAUUAGUCAUGGAUAUUACCAAUUCUGGGAUUCAGUUGGAUGCAGAGAGCUACGAUUCUCUAAUAGAGGCAUCAAUGUCGAACCAAGAUUUUCAAUCAGCUUUUACUUUGUUCAGGAACAUGAGGGAAACAAGAAAAUCUGACACGAAAGCUAGUUAUCUAACUAUUAUGACUGGCUUAAUGGAGAACCAUAGGCCUGAGUUGAUGGCUGCCUUCUUAGACGAAAUUGUCGAAGAUCCUCUUGUUGAAGUUGGAACUCAUGAUUGGAACUCUAUUAUACAUGCCUUUUGCAAAGCUGGAAGACUCGAGGAUGCGAGGAGAACAUACCGAAGAAUGAAAUUUCUGCAGUUUGAACCAAACGAGCAGACCUUCUUGUCCCUAAUUAAUGGCUAUGUGUCUGCAGAGAGAUAUUUCUGUGUUUUAAUGCUGUGGAACGAACUUAAGUGGAAGGUUACACCAGAUGGAGAGAGUGGAAUCAAACUUGACAACAACUUGGUUGAUGCAUUUCUGUAUGCUUUGGUCAAGGGAGGUUUCUUUGACGCUGUGAUGCAAGUUGUUGAAAAAACUAAGGAUACGAAGAUCUUCAUUGAUAAGUGGAAAUAUAAGCAAGCAUUCAUGGAGAAUCAUAAGAAACUCAAAGUGGCAAAGUUGAGGAGGAGGAACCACAGGAAAAUGGAAUCUCUAAUUGCUUUCAAGAACUGGGCUGGUCUGAGUGCUUGAGAUUUGAAACUUCUUUGAUAUGAAAGUCUAGCAUUUCUAACAUGUGGCAUGUUGUAGAUGCACGAAUUGACAAUUGGGUCGCUUCUCUUACUCUGAAGUUUUCAGCCACAAACAAUGGUUUCCACUGAAACUCAAUGAACUGAAGAUUCGAUGAAUGUCCCAAUAGUUCAUUGCUGGCUGUUUUGCUUGAGGAAGGCCUGCGCCAAAACUUGCAGCUUCUGGAAGUUGGAAGCCUCGACUUCCUCGGAGGAUGAUCCGUUGAAUGUAGCGAAUUGUUUGAAAUUAUCAACUAGCAGAUAUAGAGUUGCAGAAGGAAAGAAUAGUUAAAACUUGAAUGGCUCAUCGACAAUACAAUUUUGAAUUCGUUAAUCCAAACACAUCCAUAGGUUGACUUUCCAAAUGCUUAAAACAGACAUUAGAGACAUGACAUUUUUACUUUGCACUACUUGAAAUCCAUUCUCUAUACUAUUUGUAACUUUUGUUUGGUACAGAUAGAGCUUGUUGAACGUAUUGUCAUUGGUAUAUUAAAUGCUCAAAUGUAAGUGAUAGAGGCUUGAAUUACGACCAUACCUGAAUAAGAUUCUUUCUAUAACUUAUAAAGCUA